CAACGUCAGCUGAUGCGGAUAAAAAAUAAAUUACCUGCACCGUUACACCGUCAAUAUGAAAUUUGUAGUCUUACUAUGUGCAACCCUGAUAUUUCACUGCAUCGCAGCGAGAUCGUCCGAAGUCGCGGGCUACUUUCAGAAACAGGGAACCAAUUUUGGCUGGAUGGGAUCUACCAAACACUCGGUGGCAGUUUUGUUCGUAAUUUGUGCCGGAAUUCUCUAUUACGUUCCUCAAUCUCGUUACUACACUGAGAAGGGUUGCCUCUUUAUGAUCGGACUCGUUUUUGGCAUUUUGAAAACUACGUUCAGCCAUGUAUGCGGUAUUUUCGUUUCCAAAGUCGCGGGAAAUGACCACAGCCCCUGCCACGUGCCAAAGCGUCACCCGAGCGAACAGGGUCCGAAAACCGGGGACGACGAUUCGAGGGGACGCGAGAGAAAGCACCAUCGUCACGGAGAACGUUCGAGGCAAAACCGUGAGAGGAAAUACCCUCAACCUGUUCAAAGGGCGACAGAGGGUCGACGAUUCGAAUCUGCGUCGGAAACUACCGGGGUCGCUCAUCCCGUGGAGUUUCAUGCUGAAAAAAUUAUGGACAACUGUCGUUACACCGAGGCGCGGAAGUCCGUUCUGGAAAAGGAGAAACGGUCGAACGUUGAGCUUUUCCCGCAGAAGCCUAGGCUCGUCAGGAAGCGCAUUUCUGAAAAUCCCUCGAACCAUCUGGAACGCAAAUGUGACGCGUACGAGGACUCCAUCGCAGGAAGCCUCCCGGACAGCGAUCAAGCUGUUGGAAAUUCUCGAAGCAAUGAGAAGAAUGCGGAAAUUCUGAUUCGGCUGAAAAAUUUUGACGACGACAAACGAGAGACUGAGGUGGUCGAAAGCGCGGUAAUGUUUGCAGCCAACGACUCUGCUGUUGUGGCCGAAAACGAGGAUGUAUUGGCAGAGCUGGAGAACCAGAUAAUGACGCUUGAAAAAACUGUGCAAGCGAUGCAGCUUGGAAUUGGUGAACAAAAAGUUGACGUUAUCGACGAUAUCGUUGGGCACAUGAAAUGCAGUUACAGCAAGAUAUACGAACAGAUGCAGCAUCGUCGAACGGUAAGUCCGGGAACAGAACGAGCAAAGAAUCCGACGAGCGGCACCGCGUAUCUACCUCGGAACGCAACGUGCGUCGAGAGCGAUACCGACCACUUGGGUUCCGUCACAGGGGCGAAAGUAUUUCAAAACGAGCAUCCGUUUUCUAUCCACGGCAACCAAAAAAAACUCACUGCCGACAAAACCGUCAAAUCGUCGAAGAAAUUUUAUCUGGAUGACGACGACGAGUUGCCACCAAUCAUAACGAAUCGAGUAAAACCGUAUUUGAUCAAAACAUACAACUGGUUCUUUACCGGCUGUCCAGGAGCGAAAAAAUACAACGUCGGCAAAGACGGAGGUGGGAGCGUUACUGCGGAACCGUCACUUUAACCGCAAGUUGAAAAUAGCCGCUCAGAGCUCCCCGGUCUGCACGUGGUAACGCAGACUUUACUUUGAACUUAAUCUCGAAUCGGUGGGCUACGGAACUCCACGCAACGCGUAAAACCGUUCGAAUAAUUGAUCGAGACUUUCACGAUCAAGCCAAGAAUCGAUCGGAUCGCCCUGCAUCGAUGUAGGGUGUCGUCCGAAUCUGUUGAAUUGUGCCAAGGUUUCCGCUGAAAAAAAUACACACGUACGCACGUGUUUACCUAAGCUUUUGAAUUCGGGUCAGUCAAAGGCGUGAUUAUACUUUUCAUCUUCAGAGAAUAUGAUCUCGAUCUUGAUUUUUAACACGACACGUACCAGUUCGCCGCCGAACUUUGCAAGUUUCAAACCAUUCGAUCACUUGUUUCCCCGUUAAUUUAAAGUUCGAAUGGGUUUCUUCGAACUAUUUGUGUUACGACAGGGGUGAUAAUGACACGGUGACGACGAUGACGACAGUCGUCGUCCACGUAUCGUAUAAAAGUUAAAACGUCAGAGCAGGUGCAGCGGUGGUACUUGAUCCGUGAUUUAUCGGACUGUUUUGUAACGAUAACGCGCGUGUACCAGAAACGGUACCGUGUGUAGUGGCAUGUACUAGGCUUAAGGGUAAAAAAAGAUUUCACUCCCGGUCCGAAGAAGAAUGGGAAUCGAACAGAGUUAGUCGAGCAUUGACCAAGAGCCGGGUCGGACCGUCACCGAGGUGCCCAUUUCUUCCUGACGGAAGACGCACGUGACCAACGACGAGUCGUGUUCAAUCGUUGUCCCUGCGAUAUUCCACGGUCUGAGGAUAUAGUGGCGACUCAGCGGUGAUACGAAAUUCUUCUCAUUCUCUAAACAUCUGCGCGAUUCCUCGUUAAAAUAUCUGGAUUAAUCUGCUGCGCAAUUGACCAAUAAAAUUUCAAAACACA